UCUAGAAAUUAAAGAAGAGAAACCUCAAGAAUCAAGAUGUUCGGGCAUCCACUCUCCGUCGUCCGAAAAGUACGGUUAGAUUUCGAUUCUAAUCAAUUUAAUUUGCAGGAUUCUGAUCUCAUCGUAUAAGAAUGAAUUGGAGUUCGAGGAAGCUGAUAUCGAACUCUGCAUUAGUUCAUAAAAUUGCGUCGUCCUCGUUGUGGAGACAUAAGCUAUUGACUUGCGCUAGUGAAACCGGCCCCCUUUGGUCGAGGGAAGGCACGAUAUGCAUUUCUCGGCGAUUUGGGCAUGGAGCUGAGGAGGGUGAUUGCUUGGAUAGAAAUUUCCUUGCCCAACUUUGGAUUGCAGAUAGGAAAAAAAACAAGUCUGUGGAAAAACGAAAACAACAAAUUGUUGGGCACAGAAGACUUGGUGAUUAUCAUCCAUUUGAGAAAUAUUCGUCCGGUGCAACUGUCAGGCAAGAAAAUUUGCAUGGCCAAGGUGAACCAAUUGUGAAACAACCACCUGUUAGCCAGUCGAUAGAUGGUAUUCUGAAACCAGGUUCUGUAGAGGCCAAAGUUGCAUCCCUUCUUGCUAGGUCCAAUUUACUGAUUACCAGGGAUAUAGAGUGGAGAAAUCUUGUACUUGGUCUUGAGCAGGAAAAUCGUUAUGCAAUAGUAGAUGUGUGCUAUCCAGAGUUGCCAGCAGGUUUUAUUCGUGAAAAAAGCAAUAUCAUUGCUAGACAGUUGCUUCGUCUCAGGCGCCCUUUUGUUGCUUACAUAACUGAUGCUAUGCAGAAUGAGCUCUUCAGGGUUCGCAGGCCCUUUUGGUGGAUAACAAGUUCAAUUUAUGCAGAGAUUGAUGGCAAGGAAAUUGGUGUGGUUCAUAGGAGAUGGCAUCUAUGGAAAAGGAUUUAUGAUUUAUAUCUCGGAAAUAAACAGUUUGCAGUGGUCGAAAAUCCUGGCUUUUGGAAUUGGACAUUUACUUUGAAGGACAAUCAUGGGAAGGUGCUGGCUGAAAUUGAUCGCAACUGGAGAGGUUUUGGAUUUGAGCUCUUGACUGAUGCUGGUCAAUACGUAAUCCGGUUUGGGACUGCUGACCCUGGCUCCAAAACUGGCCUUGCUGAAGAGGUUUUGGAGUUGGAUGUUGCUCGUCAACUGACUCUUUCUGAGAGAGCUGUAGCUGUUGCUCUUGCUAUAUCUCUUGAUAAUGACUAUUUCUCGAGGCAUGGUGGAUGGGGGCUUCCGUUCUUUGUUGUUGAUGAGUAGACUUCAGUUCAGUCUACUGUUGAAUGGUUCUUCUGUGGUGCCUCUACCCUUUGGAUUUUGGAUUUCUUGGCUGGCAGCGAAUCAGUUAAGGGACUCAUAAUAACCUACUCAAAACAUCUUCGCUCGUGUCUCUCAAUCCACUGUGUGUAUGGCAAUAAAAAAUCGCAGUCAACAACCAGCUCUUCUACAGUGGUUUGAAUAGCUCAAUUGUAUAGAUGCACCUCAUUGAUGAUUGUGGUUGCCAAAACAUUUCUGCUGAUCGAGAGCUAGAUCUUGCAGCUUUAAUAAGUAUGUGAUGCCUUGUUUCAAUUGUAAUGGAAUAAUGCGACCUAGCAACUCCCAACUUUUUUUUCCUGCCAAUAAUUUUUCGGCCAAAUGUUUAUGUGAUGAAGUGGUAUGUUACAUUUUAUGCAAUUGUUCUCAUUGAAUUAUAUUUUGGUAUUAGUACACUGUUGUGUCUA